AUAAGGAGUUGUCAUAAUUUAUCUAUUAAAAUGCAUGAAAAAGAAUAUCCAACGUGAAGAUCCCAUUGAAUUGGCAUGCUUAUCCUCUCUUUAGGUAUGGCUUUCCCAACCCCAAAUCCAUUAUUAUAUAUAUUCUCCAAUACAUCUCAACAACUCGCCUCACAAUUCCCACAACUUUAUUUUCCUCUUUCAUUUCAAUAUUCUCUAUCUUUGACGCAAAUGGCUCUCAAGCUUCUCCCGGUCUCUCAAAUCCCUUCCUUAGAUCUAUGCUGCUCAAGUCGUUCCCCUAGAGAGGUGGAGAUGGAGCAAAGGAGGUUUGAGGUGGCGAAGUUUGCGGUGAUCGGACACCGGGGAAGUGGCAUGAACGAUUUGCAGUCAUUAGAUCAGAGAAUGAGAGCUAUCAAAGAAAACUCCAUUGUUUCCUUCAAAGCUGCAUCUAACUUAGCCCUUGACUUCAUCGAAUUCGACGUGCAAGUCACGAAAGAUAACUGUCCCGUUAUCUUCCACGACGACCACAUCUUCUGUGAAGAAAACGGCACUGUGUUUGGGGAGAAAGUUACGGAAUUGACCCUCUCCGAGUUCCUCUCUUGCGGUCCUCAGAGGGACAAGAAAGGAAAAACCCUGCUUAGGAAAACUGAAGAGGGGAAGCUAGUCAAGUGGAACGUGGAACAAGAUGACUCACUCUGCACACUCCAUGAAGCUUUCGUUAAUGUCAAUCCUUCUUUGGGUUUCAACAUUGAGUUGAAGUUUGAUGACUACAUUGUUUAUGAACAAGGAUAUCUUGUCCAUGUUCUUCACUCCAUCUUGAAGGUUGUGUUUGAGCAUGGCAAGAAUAGGCCGAUCAUAUUCUCAACUUUUCAGCCAGAUGCAGCAAUACUUGUAAGAAAAUUGCAAAGCACAUACCCUGUAUUCUUCUUAACUGAAGGAGGAUGUGAACUCUAUCAAGAUGUGAGAAGAAAUUCAUUAGAGGAGGCUCUGAAGCUUUGCACAGAACAUGGAUUGCAAGGAAUAGUCUCUGAAGUCAAAGGAAUAUUUAGAAACCCUGAAGCUGUGAGAAAGAUCAAGGAGUGUUCUAAUAAGCUUUCUCUCUUUACAUAUGGGAAAUUAAACAAUGUUCCUGAAGCAGUUUACAUGCAACAUCUAAUGGGGAUUGAUGGUGUCAUUGUUGAUUUUGUUAAGGAAAUAGCAGAGUUAGUUCUUGAUAUAAAUGGUCAAGGGAUGGAGGAAAUGUUGCAAGUGAAGAACUUCAAGCCUCAAUUCUCACAGCAAGAGCUUUCUUUUCUUUUGAAGCUUAUUCCAGAAUUGAUUCAAAUUUGAGCAGAAUUAUAGAUAUGCCAAUUUUUACUAGCUAAUUGAAUUUCAUUGUGUUUUUUGAUUUUGUACAUGAAUGGGAUUUCAUGAUGAAAGAUUAUUAACCAUAGGUUAUACUUAGCAGGUUCUCAUCAAUGUAGUGACAAAAGGAAUUAAUACUAGAUUAUUAUUUAUG